AAACGAGAGAAUUUAAAAAAAAAUAAAAAUUAUUGAAACACACAAGAAGUGAAGAAAAAAAGUAUUGAUGAAAUAAGAAUUUCAAAUUGAAUAUUGAAAAGAAUAUUUUUACAAUUUUUAACAAAGAGAGGAAAAAAGAAAUAUUGAAAAUAAAAUCUAAAAAAAUAUUGAAUUGCAAAAACAAAACAAAAAAAAAAUCAUUGGCUUUUGUUUUAUUCAUGACGUUUGUGUCUUAAGUCUUUUGUUUUUUUGCUUUUCUGCUGUCGAAUUGAAUAAAUCAAAGUCUGUCGGUUGCAACGCGUUUCCAUCUACCACGCGCGCCGUCAUUUCUGUGUGAAUUUAUGUUUAUGCUGGAGUUGCCAAGAACAACAACAACCCUAAAAAGAACAACAACAAGAGGUGGUGUUGUUAUGCAAAUUUAUUUGUUUACAUUGCGUGUAAAUAAUUCAAGUGCAAAAUAAACAUUUACAGGCAGUCAGUCCAGCCAGCCAGACAGCCAAGCAGCCAACACAAGAAAUUGUAAAUUUUGAUUUGAAGGCAAGAAAAAAAAUUGAAAAAAAAAUACAACAACAAAAAACUGCAUAUUUUCAUAAGUAUGCUAAGCGCAUAGCUGCUGGCCUGCCAAGAAAAAAAGCAACAACAAAAAAAAAACAAAACCAAAAUAAAUCAAGUGCCACAAAAACCCCAACAACAACAAGGCAUUGGCAUCCAGCAACAGUUGCAACAACAAUUUCAGCUGCCUAGCAAAACCGCCUAGAGGUCUGUGUUGGCGGAUUUCUUUAUCCUUUCCGUUUUUUCUUGAAAACAAGUGAAAGAAGAAACAUGUCCCAGGAGUGUUGAAAAAUAAUUCGAAUUUUUUCAAAAUCCCAAAAAUACUAGAAAAAUAAUUUUUACCACAAAAGUAUUACCAGCGUUAAACGUCCCAAUAUUCCACGUGUCACAAUGAAGUUCAAAGUGAAAUUACUAUUAUUUACCCUAAUAUUGGGCUGUAGUUGCCUAGCCUCGGCCUAUUCCGAUGUGGAAGAUCCCACCGCGGAGGGAUAUGAGGCCAGCGCCAAUUUAAGUUCCUCUAAUGAGGCAUCGGAGGCCAAUGAAGAAAUUUAUGACCCUGCAUUGUUGCAACAACAGGUAGAGGAGGCGAAGAAAAUUCUGCACGAUUUGGAUUUGGAAAUGGAGACAGAAACCGAAGUGUCCACCAAGACAGUGCGCAAUGUAUCGGAUAAUCAAUUGAAUGCGGGAGGGGGAUAUGGUUCUGGGGAAAAUUCACAAAUGCCCAGUGGUGAGGAUUAUGAAAAUGAAGAAAAUUUCAAAUCGGAUAGGGAGGGCAGGUUAUUGCCCAGUCCACCACCCACCCACAUACCCGAUUAUGUGCGACAACAAAUGAAACCCCAAGAUGACUCUCAGGAACACUUGAAUCUAUCACAAUCCCCGGAAUACAUGGAUGAGGGUCACAAUGAGCCACAGCAUUUGAGGAGCUCUCUGCAAACGGCCACCAUAGAUUAUGAACAGCCUCAAUCCAAAGAAAAUGAGGACAUUGUCCCCUUGGCUAUGCGUUACUAUGAUGAUGAUGGUGAUGAUGAAGAAGCCAAGGGAGGGGUGACGGCAGCCGCCCUACAUGACACAAGUGGCAGUAACAACAACCACACCGACAAUGACGAAGAUGAUGACUAUCAUGAAAGCGGUGUUGUGGGUGAAACCAAUCGCCUAAACAAUGGACCAGUACCCAUGCCCCAGCAACAACCUCCGCCGCCUCAGCCACAACAACAACAAUGGCCCCAACAAAGAUCAUUUGCCCUGCCAAAUGAGCCCUCAUCACAGAAUAGCUCUGAAGAAUAUUACGAUGAGGAAGUGUCAUCCAGAGAAGAUGAAUUGAUGGCAACCACGACAGCUCCUGCAUUGCCAGCAGCAACACCCACACCCACAACCAGUAGCCAAAGUAGCAGUGACAGCCAUCCGACAAUGGUGAUACUGGCUGCCGGCUUUCCCUUGGCCUAUCAGCCAACCACAAGUGCCCCAGGCCCAGACACACGCAACAAUAAUGGUCCACCAGCAGCACCAGCACCACCUCAACCACUAAUGACACCCGCAUCUCCAACUCUGGGGCCAACAACACCGCCAUAUCCCAUGAUUGCCUCUGCGGCAGCAGCUGCAGCCGCCUUGCCAGCAAACAGCUCAAGUGGUGACAAAAAAGGCAAACAAAUACCCAUUGUGGCCACCACUACCACUGCAUCCACAGCCACAACAACCACGACCACUACCAGUACAACAACAUCCAAAACGCUACCGGCCAAUCCCCCACCCCAGCCGCCGCCAACCACCAGCAAAACGAUUAAUGCCGUUGCCGGCACCAGCCGUCGGCAUCUGUUGCCCCACGAACAGUUGCGCAACUACAUCGAAGAUGCCUACAUUCGGAUGCCAUUGGCGGUGAUUGUCGAUCCAUCGGCCGAAUCGCUGGAGAAGACGAAGGCCUUGUGGAACGAGGCAUUGCGUGCGAAUUUGAAUAUCAAAAUUAUUUUGGUUACAUUGAAUGAGUCGGAUAUCCCAGCGGCAUUUAAUUUCAACAACUCUCGACAAUUUCUGACCGGCUUGAACAGCAUUAAAGAACACGAGGGCGGCGAUGCCUUCCGUGGCAUAUCACAUGCGGCGGAAUUGGUGCCCUACGACAGUGCCGUAUUUAUAUCGACAGCGACACUGGCCAAUCACACGGAUCAGGUGCAUGAUGCUGCCAUUACGCUGCUGAAGAAAAGAAUAAGGCUCUAUCUCAUUUGGUUCGGUGAACGUGCUCUGAGCGAAAAUGAAACCCAAGAAACGGUGGGUGGAAUUUUGGGUGAAGUUGCCAUACGUUCCGGCGGCGAAGUGCUGCACAUUGUGGGCAAUGAAAAUUCCAUGGAAUUGGAGGGGAGUACGCUCACAAUUGUGGCCGAUGCGCUGCGUGGCUCCCAGGAAUUGGAUGUUCCGGUAGACACUACACUCUCCAGUUUACAUGUGAAAAUCGAUAAACUGAUGCGGAGGGCGGUAUUGGAAACGCCCAAUGGCGAUAUUAAUUUGAAAAAAUUGGUAAAAUUUAAAAUUCCAUUUAUGACAACACCCGAAGAUGACAAUCGCCUGGAUGCCUUUGUACCGUUGACGAAGCUACGCAAAGCCACCGUAUAUAAAUUGAAAAUUAUACCCGAAGAUUUGAAUGCCGAAUACACAGUGUUUAUACGAGGCGAACGUAAGGCCGACACAUUUUUGGACGAUGUCAUCAAACACUUUGAAACCUAUUUCUAUGAAGGUCAUACCCUAUACCCGGCACGUUUGCGCAAUGCGAAAAUCCAAAGCAUUACAUCAGGCCUAACCAUCUCCAAAAUGCCAAUGACCCAUAGCAAUUUACGCUUUCCCGAUGACAAGACAGCAACGAAUUCAAAUGAACCAAAAUCUCAAGUUGAAACAUUUUCAGCGACAGAAAUUCAUCGCAAUACGCAGGAAGUGCUGCCGAAAAAUUCUAGCACAGAUGCUGUACCAGCCCAAAAUACAAUGUUAAAUCCUCGUAGCACCAAUGUUUUGCAGCGGACAAAUACUAAAAUUGAAAUGGGUAUUCACUCGCAAGUGCUGAUAUCGGCCGGCAUGAUGGGCCAGUUGUAUUUUGAAGUUACAAAUACCGGUUGCGAUAGUAUUCUAUAUAGCAUACAGGUGGUCGAUGAGAAACGUUAUCUGAUGCGUUUGGCACCGCAGAGUAUUUUCCUGCAAGCUGGGCAAAUGGCAACAGUUACGGUGACAGUAUUGGCUCCACAAGGCACCGAAGCUGGCACAGUGGAUCACAUUACAUUCUCAACAACGGGUGUGGGUCAAACCACAUCCCUGUCAUUGAAUCUUAAGGUUGUUACAGCAGCGGAUAUACAGGACAACACCGCUCCUGCUCUCUCAUGGAACUUUGGCAGCCGCUGCGAUGGUAUCUCUACUUCAGAUGCCACGGAGUGUUCCACGCGUUUUUGGAGUUUAUAUGUUACGGCACAGGAUUGGCAGACGGGUGUUAUGCGCCUGCAAUCGAAUCCCAAUGGAGGUUUAAUGUACACCAAUUCCUAUACCAUUGGUAGCAGUGAACCGUUGAAGGCCACAUACAUAGCCAACUGUUGUGAACCCAAAGUUAGCCUGGUGGUUUAUGAUGUUGUGGGUAAUCAGAAGUCCUACAGCAUUGAUGUGAGAGAUGUUGUUCUGAAUGAGGCAGCCAUUGCUGCCAUAGCAUUGGGUGUAAUUUUGCUGUUGAUUUUAUUGAUCUUAAUUAUAUGGGGUAUUGUGUGGUGUUGUCGUCGCCGUAAGGUGGUAUUGGAUAUGCCCACUUAUCGCUCACAUUCCACACGCAGUAUGGAAUAGGAGGAGGACACAAUUUUAAUUUUACAUCACCAAUUUUUAUAAUGAAAAAAUCCCUUAUUAUAGGUUAAGCUUGAAGAUUUUUUUGAAAAUAAGUGCCAAAUUUGAAUUAAGUUUUGAAAUAAAGAUAUCUUCUAGAAAACUCACA